GCCAUUGUACUCGUAGCGUGUACCUUGAUUCAAUGCGCAGACGCUAAUGAGGCAAUGAACACAGAUAACCAGGACAGUAACCCUGGGCGCGGACGCAUUAUAAGGCUAGAGAUACUACAACCGGAAGACUUAGAGAACCCGUUAGAGAACAAAUUCCAAGUAGCUUUGAAUGAAAACCCAAUGACUGAUCAUGACAGGCAACGGGGUCGAAGUGCCGAGGAAUAUCAUCAGCAAGCAGCCAUGUACCACGAUAUAAUGGUCGACUUUUGUAAGAACGUUGGACUACCGGAGGAUAUGCCCAUGGAAGAAUGGGAUGGUUUGAUAGAGGGAGACAUAGUGCCAACCAUGAACGACCUCAGAGAGCUGCGUGACGAGAUUAGAACACCUCAUAGGAGAAAGCGGAAAAUGACUUCGAACACGGAUAAUUAUUGGACUUCUCCCAUCCAGUACAUCAUUGAUGCCGCCAUGCCUGAAUCCCACGUGGCUGCCAUUCGAAGUGCAAUUACCGAGUGGGAAUCGCUGACAUGUCUUCACUUCCAACAAACAUCGACACCGGUUGGGAACUACUUGCAAAUAAUUUACGGAAAUGGGUGUUGGUCCUCACUGGGAAUGCGGCAGGGCGGACAGCUCCUCUCUCUCGGCCUGGGAUGUGGUUCGCACGGCGCGGCGAUCCACGAACUUGCACACGCCAUCGGUUUCCAUCAUGAGCACGUCCGUACUGAUCGAGAUGAACACAUUACGGUUCAUUAUGAAAACGUCAUAGCCGGAAGAGAAGCGAACUUCCACAAGAAGAACCAAUCAAAUUUUGAUUUCUUCGACGAUAUACCGUACGACCUCGGUUCCAACAUGCACUACCGAAAACGGGCAUUUUUUAAUAGUUCAGACUUGGAUUUACUAACAAUCGAGACAGUGAUUCCGGUAUAUGAGAAUAGAAUAGGAGAUCAAAGCAAACUGUCAUUCUAUGAUGCGCUAACAGCUAACCUUGCAUACUGUAACGGAGAUGCCUCGCCAUGUCAGGCAAAAGGAGGGCUGCUCACGCCAGAAUGCCAGCACGGGGGCUACUGGAAUCCCAACAACUGUGACGUCUGCAUCUGUCCUGCUGGUCUGGCAGGCGAUCGCUGUGAAACCGUUGCACCAUCAGAAGGCACGACAGAAGGCGAAAUUUUGGACAUUAGCUGCGGGGACAGUGUGCAUUUUUUUGGUGCACAAUUAUCGGCUGAUACAAACAAGCAAGAAGCAUAUUGGCUCCUGCGGGCACCGGCAUCAGCGACCAUCAGUUUUCAGCUUACUUCGAUAUCGUCUAUCUGCUAUAGUUUGGACGGUUUGACGUGUGAAACGAGAUUGGGUUGUCCUGAUUGGCUUGAAGUCAAAUACCUGGAUUUAGCAAAAGCGGGGCCAUGGUUUUGUGUUGCAAACACCUACGGAUAUCCGCUAUUAAAAUCAACGCAGAAUGAGAUAAUACUGAUAGCUCGAUCUACGCACAACGCUGAUUUUGCGUUUGAAUUCACUUACGAAGCACAAUGCCCGGACUGUUACUGUGUGGAGUGGGGACCAUAUAGUUCCUGUGACGUCGCUAACACUCCUAACAACUGCGGAUGUACCAUGCAAAAACGAUCAUGCGUCAGAGCAGAGGGACAUUGUACAGAUCCAAUUCCUGACGAACAUGUCUAUUGUCAACCAAUAAAGAAGGUUGUUGCUGCGUGCAUUGGUGGGGAAGAUGGACCAGCUUACUGUUGUGACGAUUGGCUUCUUCUCAAGGAGGGGGAAAAUGAUAUGUGUACUUUCCAUAAAUGUAGUUAAGAAUUGCACUAUGAAAACUGUAUCUUAGCCCCCAGUGAGGUAUUCCGCGUAAAUUAAGUAGAUUUAAAGACUUUCACCUUAAAGCCAGGGACACGCGCAUACGUGCAUAGCGUAGGCCCUACUUGCACGCAAACGUGCGCAGGCACGCACGCCCCCUAACACGAUUUUUGCUUCGAUGUCGGAGGGUAUCCGAGUAUGCCAAACCGUAUUUAACUUUAUCAGAUGGUGGGCACUAUAUAGCAACCGCCGGUACGUAUUACCCGUAAUUUUAAAAGUAAGCUGUUAGUGGAAAUCUUGCCCGCAUACACAUGCUCAAUUUUAUCACAUCAAUCUCAAAUUAGAAUCAUUGAAUCCAAGAAUCAUCCGAGAAUUAUUGAAUCCGAGAUCAUAAGUGAUAUCCAAAGCCCGUGAACAGUGUUCCUACUAUACAGCCAGCCAAAUAUGGACUUACUGAUUAAGAAGCUAGUUUCCAGCAGCUACCAUAUAGAAAGGCUAGUAACAUUCAUUUUGAUUGAUGCUUACGCCUCACCAGCAUAUCUUCACAAGUAUUCAACGACAUAAAUUUGUUUACCCGAAAUUCUACUCUCUUAUUUCUGACGUUACAACAAUCCAAAGAUGACUAUAUCAUCCGUGUCCUUAUCGUAAUCCUAUACAUAGAUAGAAUAUUUUAUCGAAGUUUAUAACUCAUGAAACCUGACAAUAUGGGAAAUCUCUAAAUAUCACCUAAUACUACUUUUUGCUCACUCAUCACACUACAGAAAUUUCGCAUUUACACUUGUACCUCCCGACGUAAUAAGUAAUGACGGUUGUUAUAUAUAGUGCCUUAAUUUACCUCAUCAGAUGCUCUAUAAGAUGAAUUCAGGUGUGUAUUCGAAGAGCAAUGUGCGUUACAGUUGAAUCUUGGUAAACAAUAGUAAAUACGCCAGGUAUUGUGGUUAGCCGAAGAUGAACAUGCGUCCAAGAUUCCAACAUGUUCUGCUUGCAUC